CAGUGCGUCAUUCAUUUAUGACGUUGCCGUGUGCAGGAUCAAUGACGUAACGGCAAACGAUUGGUUAGCGCCCGUUGACUUUUAUCACGUGGCACGUUCCCUCUUCUCCGUGAUGCUCUGUCUCUCUGCCUCUGCAGCUCCAGCGAAGAACGUGCCGCCGCCCGCCGGCCAGCUUCUGUUCCGUUCAAUCCGCAACAAUACGGAACGUGCUUCCGCGACCAGAAUUUUGCUUACGGUAGAUCGUAGAGGUUAUAUUUAAAUUAGGAUGGCAGAGGCGGUGUUAACGGAGGAAGAAAUAAUACAGAAGCACAAGAGGGAACGCAAGGAACUGCAAGCGCAAAUACAGACCUUGAAGAAAUCCAUUUGCAAAGGUGACAAGAAGAAGAAGAAAGAGAUCACGGAGGAGAUAGGGCGUCUGGAGGAGAGCUUGGAGAAACGUCAAGUGGAGGAGGCGAACACGUGGAGACUGGCUCAAGUUACGCUGAACGACGAACAGACGGCGGAGCCCGCGGCGGAGGCGAGCGAAGAAAUCAGCAAGGACAAUUGCUCGGAGCAGUCGGCGCACAGGGUUUCCAAAGCGCAGAAGAGACGGGAGAAGAAAGCGAUCGCGGAGAAGGAGCGCAAUCAGAGGAUCAUCGAGCAGGAGGCGCUCAACGUCUUCGGCAAGAGGAAUGUCGAGACGGAAGCCAUAAAGAAGAUCCUCUCUGAGCGCGACUUAAUCAUUUAUGAAAUUCCCAGCGACGGUCACUGUUUAUAUAACGCCGUGGCGCAUCAGCUCAAGAUAAAUGGAGAUACGCCACUUAGCCUGCACGAUCUCAGAACAAAGACUGCUGAGUACUUGAGAGAAAACAUGAACGACUUUUUGCCAUUUCUCUCCAAUCCCGACACCGACGAGCUGUUGACACCUGAAGAGUAUGAAAAGUACUGCAACGACGUGGCCGAGACAAGUGCUUGGGGCGGCGCUGUUGAGCUACAGGUAUUAUCGCGUAUACUGAAAUGCCCGAUCGAGGUCAUACAAGCUACAGGAGCUCCGUAUAUCAUUGGAGACGAGUACAGCAAUGGCAAAAAGGUAACACUGACCUAUCAUCGUCACAUGUAUGAGUUAGGUGCUCAUUAUAAUUCUGUUACGAAAUACGUUCAGGACGAGGAGAGCUGAUAAAGGUUUGCUUUAGACUUUACUUCUAUUUUGUUACACAAGUCUUCAAACUUUUAUUAGUGAUCGAUGAAUUGAUCGUGAUGAAUUAAGCAUGUUUCAACGAACAUGUUUUUGCCAGUCAAUAAAACUAAUUUAUUUCGUGUGAAAAAUUUAAUAUAAACUUUUCAGAUAGUAUAAAAUAUUUUUAUCGAUAAAUAUACAUAGAAAUAUUGAAAAUGCUGCCAGCAGAAAUAUUUAAUCUUCCGACGAGGAUAUUUCUAAACUUUACAUCAUUGUGAUGAUUAUUAAAGUGUUUAUAAGAAAAAUUCUUCAAAUGUGUACAGUGACUGUUAAAGGACUGAGUGUAAAAUGCAUGUAAUUAAUUUUUCUAUAAGCUAAAAUUAAAAAUUGUGUAUUACAUUAAAUGCGUGAUGAAAAUAUAUUACUGAUCAGAUGUAAUCUUACUCUUAAUAGUCACACACAUUUUAGGAAUUCUUUUUUACAGUUAUUAGUUAGUUAAAAAUACGAAAUACAUAUCAAUGAACCAUUAGUGAAAUGUAUUUUCUUGAUUAUUUCAACUAGUUUACUGACUCACAUUUUGAGAUGCACAUUUAGAGCUAAAAAUGACUGAAAGUUCUAUAUAUAAAUCUACUGAAAUAUUAGAUUUUUUCUGUAGUUUCCUAAAAUACGUUUUUAUCGUGCAUUUAAAUAUAAUCACAUCCUAAAGUUUUUUUUUGUAUAUUUGCAAAUAUGUUUUAUCAUAUCGGAAGUUGGAACUUAACAACAGAUCAAGUAAAUGGUUCUUAAUAUAUCAUACAUUACUGUGCGAUCUUCCUAUAUUAAACGGGCUUCAGGUAGUCAUAUUUAGCGCUAGACGUGCGAUGAGAAUGUGGACUGUAGGAGCGCGUUUAGUAUAUAUUUACUUAAAAUACUUAAAUAUAUCAAAUACAGACUAUUAUAAAUAUCUCGGCAAAUUAGAUGUGAGCUGAAUUAGCGCUCUUGUGUUACUAGAGUGAUUAAAUUUAUAUAGAAUUGUAUUUAUUUUACACAUAAAUGGAUAUCAGACAAUAUAAAAAUGCUGCCAGCAAAUAUGCAAAUACUUAUUAAGAUUCAAUGUUCUUUGGCUUAUUCCAAGGAUUGAGGUACGAGAUGUAUGUUAUUCUCUUGUUGCGCAUGUCUAACCGUGUUCAUUGUGGUAGCUGUCACGUUUUGAAAUAUCAAGCGGCUAUCAAAAAUUUACGCCUAUGAAGAGGUACGUCCGAGAUUGUGCGUUUUUAAAAGCUCCACUCGGACAGGAUAAAUUGACGAUGUGAUUUGAUUUGGAAUGAGAAAGGAUAAAGACUGUCCAAGAGUACUACUUUAAUUCAUUUUAACUGGUGAGAAUCAAUUUUGGUCCUUAAUUUUUCGAACAAAUAGACUUUGAACUACGUAGUUUGUUAUUUCGCAUCUUGGAGCGACAGUGAGUUAAAAAUAUCCUAGUCUUGAAAUGCAGCUCACACAGGAGUGUUCCUUGCAAAAAUUUAUUCUCUUAAUAUCAUCUGUUUCUUGAUUAAUUCUGGAUUUUCAUAUAUUUUACUUAAUAGAAUACGUAAUAAUCUUUUGUGACAUUCUUCGUUUAUCUAUAUAAAACGAUGGAAGAAAAAAUAUAAUGGUUUAUAAUUAUGACGUUAAUUGACAAGGAACAUUCUGAUAUAUACAAUGAUAUUGUUCUCAUAUAUUUUUGCGAUUUUCAAAUAUGUCUAUUUGAUCGUAUGUAAUGGAUGUGUGUAGUCGGGUAUCAAAUAAAUAUAUGUAUAAAAAAAAA